GCUCUUCGAAAGUGAAAGUUACUCCCAGCGUCCACACCAAGAUCUGUCAACGGAAAGAAAAUGAAGAGGAGUUAGCCCUCGGGAGCAGAAAACAAGAGAAGAAAGAGGAGGGGGAGAAAAGAAAGAAUGACAGUGGUUUAUCUGUUUAUCUCAAAUCCAAAUGUCUUGUAUGUCAAGACUAUGCUACUGUUGGGUGACGGAGAAGGAGAGAGGAAAGGCAUGUCAAGAGGCAGCAGGAGCGGAGGAAGGGCAGGAGUGUGGAGACGCUGCCUGCCCUGCAGCCCCGCCUGGUAGCCGUCAGCAAAACCAAACCACCGGAGAUGAUCAUAGAGGCCUACAGACAAGGACAGCGUGACUUUGGUGAAAACUAUGUUAACGAGCUCGUGGACAAAGCGUCAAAUCCUCAGAUUCUAGAGUCUUGCCCGGACAUCAAGUGGCACUUCAUCGGCCAUUUACAGAAAAAUAAUGUCAACAAACUUUUGGGAGUGCCGAGACUUUUCAUGGUGGAGACGGUGGACUCCGUGAAGCUGGCCGACAAGGUCAACAGCUCGUGGCAGCGCCUCCGAGCGGCCGGCACACAGAGGUUAAAGGUCAUGGUGCAGCUCAACACCAGCGGAGAACAAAGUAAACAUGGCUUAUCCCCAGAGGAAACGGUAAACACAGUGAGACACAUCCUGUCCCAGUGCACGGCUCUGCACUUCUCUGGACUCAUGACCAUCGGUCGCUAUGGAUAUGACCUCAGCGAGGGCCCCAAUCCAGAUUUCCAGAUGCUGCUGCGUUGGAGACAGGAGGUGUGCGACAACUUAAACCUGCCUUUGGAAGAAGUAGAACUCAGUAUGGGUAUGUCCACUGAUUUUGAACAUGCCGUUGAAGUGGGCGCUACCAACGUGCGAGUGGGCAGUAUUAUAUUCGGCAACAGGGAGUAUCCCAACAGCGCAGCCAACACGCCCAGCCCCAGCCCGGAGAAGAAGGCGAAGGUCGUGUCUGAGGACGCAGCGAAGAAGAUGGCGCACCUCACCGUGUCCGAACACUGAGACAUCUUCCACUAGUUUCCCUUUCUUCAAGGAAAACUGAACCCCUACGCUGAUGACAUGCACAAUAAACUCAAGAGAAGCAGAGAUUUUUUUUCUGGAAGGCCAAGUGGAGUUAGGACAGUAAAGGUCCACAACACGUCUUAAAAGAGUGUAUUUGCAUAACCCUAUUAACUCUUGGUGUGCCUGUUGCCUUCUAUCGGGCAUCAUGGGUGGCACGCAGUCCAAAAGUUUGUCUCUAGAAGUCACGACUCCUGUGGUUAGUACUGACACGGCGCUCGUACCUUCUUGGACAGGUUGUAAUGUACGUCAGCAAGCGGCAGCUUUGACUAACAAGCAGAUCACACGACACUUCAGUUUCCUGCUGUUUACACUACACACUCGAACUAAUGGGAGAUAAUUUAUAUGACACAUGGGUGCGUUUGAUUAUUUUGGUGUGGUAUUAGCUGCCUAACUUCUUGUUGAGAAGCCAAGCUGUGACAGUGCUGAUCUGUUCUUGACUAAAUCCAGUCCUUAGAGACCAGGAAUCCCUCAGUAACAUGUACCGUUUUUGUUGUACAGAAAAAACAAGACGUUGAAUAAAAACCCUUCUCCCUUUAUAAUGACAUAGUAUUGUGCGUCCAUGAUAUUGUUUUGUAUGGCGUGUGGUCAAAUUUCUAUUCUUGAUAAUGAAAAAAAAAAAAUACAAAACUCUCCAGAAAGUGUUUUGAAUUUGUGUACGAAAAUGUUGUGUAAUUGUUGUGACCUGACGCACUGACAUAGGACUAGAUGACAACCUAUGCAAAGAGUUUGUUUUGUUCUAGCUUCUGCUUUUCAGAAGAGCUUUUUUUCCCACUGGGCUGUGGUCUCCAUCACGGGAGCGAAGAACUUGAGAUGGCAGUGUGCCGUUAGGUUUCCUUCUCGAACCUGUGUAACUGGUAGUGGUACGUGAAUGGGGAGGAAUGAGUGGCGGGACAUGUGGACAUACUGUGGCUAUACUGUCUCUGCAUUGAACUUUCGGCAUUGUUUGGGAUUGCGACUAUGGGCAGCCAAGCAAUAAACUUCAUUGUUGAACAUACCCACCAGCCGUUGUCUUGU